GGGCCGGUGCCGCUCCUCACACACACGGGCUGGACCACUGCUGAAACAAAGGGGGUAUUCGCGUCUGAUCACCUUGUGUUAAGCGGUGACUUGAACCCUCCUGUGGAGCGCGACACUGGGCAGGCGCCACCGUCUCUUGCAUGGAGAUGCGCGUCAGGGGAGCACGAGAGCCAAUCUGCUUCAGCACGUAGACGAUCGUAAUUCAAGAAGAGCCCCCCGUCUCGCGCUCCCUUUCCCCUCUCAGAGCACCCUUUCGCUGACUCAGUGCCUUACAGCGCUCGUUACUCGUCUCGUGCUCUCGCCACCGAACGGAACUGCGACGCGCGCGCUCCGGCUCCCACUGCUCCACUGUUACCGCAUCGACAACAUCCAGCCAUGGCUAAAACUGCAAUCGCCUACAAAGAGAAGAUGAAGGAGCUGUCCCUCAUCAACCUCAUCUGCUCCUGUUUCCACACUGAAGCCAAAAACACCCUGAUUGGCCAGUUUGAAGGUAAUACUACACUGGACAUGGAGGUGAAGCCCAUCAACAAGCGUGCUUCAGGGCAGGCCUUUGAGGUGAUCCUCAAGUCCCCGUCCCCCACCACCGAUGCCAACUACAGCAUCACCUCGCCGCCCAAGAAGGACAUCUCCCUGGAGGACAUCCAGAAGAAGCUGGAGGCCGCGGAGGACCGGAGAAGAUCCCAGGAGGCCCAGGUGCUGAAGGCGCUGGCUGAGAAGCGUGAGCACGAGCGCGACGUGCUCCUGAAGGCCAUGGAGGAGAACAGCAACUUCAGCAGGAUGGCCGAGGAGAAGCUGGCCGUCAAGAUGGAGCAGAUCAAGGAGAACCGGGAGGCCUACCUGGCGGCCAUGAUGGAACGCCUGCAGGAGAAGGAGAGGCAUGCCCAGGUGGUCCGCAGGAACAAGGAGCUGAGGGAAGAGCUGACAGCGUGAACACACACCUACCACCAUUCCAAACCCCCAACUACCCACCCCCC